UAAGAGUGCCUAGGGAGGUGUGUUAUAGAAAAUCAGUGAGGGUUUAUGCAAAAGAAAGUGAUGUCAAGGCUGCGUUCUUUGCAAAGCAGCCUAUGUUUGUGCUUCUGUAUAAAGAUGCUUAUUUCAACACUAACGAACUUAAUGAUUCUUUGCCUAGUGCUGUCGAAUCUCUUUUGCAGGACUUCAAGGAUGUGUUUCCAGAUGACGUUCCUAAUGGUUUACCACCAAUAAGAGGAAUCGAGCAUCAAAUUGACUUCAUUCCUGGUGCAACAAUUCCAAACCGACCAGCAUAUCGUAGCAAUCCCAAUGAGAUGAAAGAACUUCGAAGGCAGGUCGAAGAACUCAUGAAAAAGGGACAUGUGAGAGAAAGCAUGAGUCCAUGUCCAGUUUCAGUGCUACUUGUGCCUAAGAAGGAUGGGACUUGGCGUAUAGUGGAUAUCAUCGGAUUAGGAUGAAGGAA